CUUCAGUGUGCACAAGCUGAUAAGCCCCAGAUCACGGUUUUAUCUCGGUGGCAACACGAUAGAAGCAAGCUGUGCUAAUAUUUCUGCCGUAUAGAAGCUUGUUUUGUUCAGUGUAGACAUGUCAUGUCUCACAGAAUCUUAAUCAAACACUUUCCCACAUUUGGGACAUGCCGAAGUUUGAUUCGUUGCCAGCCCUUGUUGACAAUGAACCAAGCAAGAGGUGGUGUAUCGAGCACAGUUGAUAGAUCAACUGAGGCAGGGGACCAGGUGGAUAAAGAGGAGAGUGACAUGCCUUUCAUUGUAGGACACGACAAAAAGAAAAAAUGUUUCUACAUUAACAUAGAACAGGACGGGAAGAGAAGAAAUGAGUCGGCUAUUUUGGAGUAUGAAUGGAUUCGACCUGGUUUUGUAGAUCUUUAUCAUACGGAGGUUCCUCCUGUCUACAGAGGACAGGGUAUUGCAAAAAUUCUAGCAAAGGCAGCCCUAGAACACUUUGUAGCAGAGGAUGCCAAGAUGAAACUGAGUUGUACCUAUCUACACAAGUAUGUCCAGGAGACGCGACUACCCCGAGUGUGGGACCAUGUCUGUUGGGAUGAAUGACGGCUGUGUUCUCUAAUUUAACCAAACAUGUUCACCAACUGAACCUCAUAGGUUUACUUACACUUUCUAGUCACACGUUAUACCAAAGCUUCAUCAACACACUCUACAGAAACACAUAGUAAUAUGCAAAAUAUAUGCAAUUUAGUCAUACAUCAUACAUUCACUAUACUUUACCAAAAAGCUUUACCAACACAUUCUCACAAACAUAGGAUCCAAGUAAGCCAAGUUAUAUUAGAAAUACCCAAUGUGCUAUCAGCUUGUGUGAUUGAUUAAAUAUGCGUGUUGUUGUUAAGAAAUGUGAUCAAUUGAUUUGUUUUCUUAUUUAACUAGAUAACAUUUACAUGUCAAUUUUACGUUGAAGUAAUUACCAGUAUCUAUAUUUUUCUGACUACAGGUAUUUUUAUUUUUUAAGAU